AUGUGCCGGCAGUGGUCAAGUCUUUACUAUGGAAGGCGUGUAGCAACAUCCUCCCAACUAAGCUCAACCUAUGUAAGAAGGGUACGUAUAACAACAGAUGCUCUGUGCCCUAUCUGUGGUUUAACUGAGGAAACGGUGGAGCAUGUCCUUUGGACGUGCGAAGCUGCUAGGGAUGUAUGGGCAGUGUGUAGUGCAAGAACCCAAAAGUGUACAACGAUGGAGGUUGAUGUUGUCACGUUAUUCCUGCAUUUGAUGGAUAAACUGGAGGAAGACGAGAUGGAAAAGUUGGUGACUGUGGCAAGACUCCUCUGGCUGAGUCGAAAUAAAAUCGUUUUUGGAGGGGAUUUUCAGUCCCCAUCUAUUAUCUUGGAAAUGGCAACAGUCCAGAUGAAUCACUUCAACAAGGCAGAACAGGGGAGAAGGGUGGGGGUCCCUAAACCACCAUCAAAUCCUGCAGGUCUAGUUUGGAAGCUGCCAGAAACAGGAAUCAUUAAGCUAAACUGGGCCGUGGCCCUGGAUGAUAGAAGUCAAAGAAUGGGGUUCGGAAUUAUUGCAAGGGACCACGAAGCAAAGGUGGUUGCUGCCGUGAGUGGGUCUAGACCUAACAUCACAAGCCCUCUGUAG